AUGGGUUCCAUUGGAGAGGAGGAAAGGUUAGACAACGAACCGUCCGGGAUCAUGUUGGAGGCGGAGUCUUUUUUGACUCGACUUCUCACGAUCAAGCCUCCAGCCCCGUCUGACCCUAUUGUUCAAAAGCUUCAUGCACACGAGAUCCAAAGUAUGCAGCAGCAAGUCAUGCCAGGUGACCAUCCUCAAGAUCUUUCAUCCGUCCUUCAUGAAGCUAUGACAGUCUUCGACAACCGCAUGCGCCUCACGCACCCACAUUGCUUCUCCUACAUACCAGCUUGCCCAACUCCCCUUGCCCGUCUGGGUGACCUUCUUACUUCUGCUUACAACGUCAACGCUGUUAGCUGGGAUGUGAGCUCUGGUCCGAAUGCGGUCGAAAAAGCCAUGAUAGCCUGGCUGGGUGGCCAGCUUGGACUGCCAGACUCAGUUGGAGGGUGCUUUGUCUCGGGUGGCUCUAUAGCAAACAUGACAGCCAUAGUUGCAGCCCGGGAUGAGAUGCUACAUCCUACGCAGCGAGGUGACGCGGUCAUUUACACUUCCGACCAGACACAUAUCUCUAUUCGCAAGGCGCUACAUAUAAGCGGCUUUAUGGAUUAUCAGGUCCACAAGAUACCCAGCGAUGAUGCAUUCCGCAUAGACGUUGAUAUCCUACGACACGCGAUAAACACAGAUCGCAAAUCGGGACGUGUACCAUUUCUUCUUGUCGCCAAUUGUGGAAGCACCAACACAGGCAGCAUCGACCCUCUUCAUGCACUCGCUGAUAUUGCACGAGAUGAAGGGCUAUGGCUACAUGUGGACGGUGCAUACGGUGCUUCCAUUGCGCUCUCUGACAAGCAUCGCUACCUAGUUGAUGGGAUCGGCCGCGCGGAUAGUGUUUCUUGGGAUGGGCAUAAGUGGCUCUUCCAGACAUACGGAUGUGGGAUUGUGCUCACGCGAAAAGUUGGCUCUCUCUUGCGCAGCUUCGCCGUGGAUGCCGAGUAUCUCAGUGGUAUAUUGGCACCACAAGGUACCACCAACUUUUACAAUCUGAGUCCAGAGCUCAGCCGCCCAGCGCGUGCCAUAUCUCUGUGGCUCACUCUCAAGACCUUGGGUCGUCACCGUAUGGGUGAAAUGAUCGACCAAGGUUUCCUUCUUGCUCGUACCGCAGAUCAUAGUAUCCGUCAGUACAAGAACUGGAUUAUUGCGGCCCCAACAGUUGCUAGCAUUGUGGUUUUUCAAUACGCACCUCGUGGGCUCGACGAAGAAGCGUUGGAUGCAUUAAACACGGCUAUUUCGCAGCGACUCUUGGCUGAGAAUAUUGCUGCUAUACUCACGACCAAAAUUCGCGGAAGAACCACGCUUCGAAUGUGUACGAUGAAUCCCCUUGUGAAACCGGAAACUAUCGCCAAUGUCAUUCUUCAGGUUGACAAAUUGGCCCAAUCUGAGCUUCACAACACUUAUUCAAAGAUGGCCAAUAUGCCACAUACUCUUUGUCGAGAAUGCUCUGGUGUUGGUGUUCUUCAAGAUGCUGGUUGA